UUUCAAUUUGAUGUUCGCUUUACCGGGAGAACUUGACCCAAAAAUGUGGACUUUGACGUGGCAACAGUUUGUCGCAAUAAUCCUUCUCGGCAGUUUGGUGCCCAGUGAAUCUUUUUUGUGCACACAUUGUCUCAGGAAAAAUCUUGAAAAAAUUGGCCAAUCUAUAAGGGACAUCAUUCAUCCGACAUUUGAACACACAUCCCCACAGAUUGAAGUUCAGCAACCCAAAGUGACCCAAAAACCCGAGUCUUCACGAGUGAUUCACGUGCAUCAACCGAAGGUGAUACUUAAGCCCAUAUUCUUUCCAAGCAUCGAUACUAUAUCUCAGAAAAAUGAGAUAGGAAUACGCGGGCAGAUAUUGCCGUUUCCUAAGUUAAAGUCCCUGGAGCUCUUAGAAAAAGAACAGAAACAAGCACAAGUUCAAAACAAUAACUUGAAUAUUAGAUUUGAUGGGCAAGUACUAAAAGAAGGAACAAAUAUUCCAAAUUUGGAAACGAUUCCUCAGUAUAAAAUCGGUGAAAUAUAUGCAGAUUCUCAGUCUCAGUCCCAGACCCAGAGACAAUCUGGAUCUUCACAAUCUCAAUCCCAGUCACAAGUGCAAAAUAUUCGACUGGUCGAAAACCCACCUGCAUUAGAAUCGCAGACAAAGGAAUUAGAAUCAAAGUCGCAGUCCGAUUCCGAGUCACAAAAGCGUUUAAAAGAGCAGUCACAGCGACAGCAAGAGAUACAGACGCAGUUGCAAAUACUGCGACUGUUGCUACAAAAACAGUCAGAUGAGCAAUCUCAGCUUCAAUCACCAUCAGAAUCCCAAUCUAACACACAGUCGCAAUCACAAUCACAAUCCCAGUCACAAUCCCAGUCACAAUCCCAGUCACAAUCCCAGUCACAAUCACAGUCGCAAACACAGUCACAAUCGCAGUCACAGCUAGGUAAUCAAAUCCAGUCGCAGGUUCAAACUCUUCAAGGGUUGCUACAAGAACAGUUAGAUGACAAAUCUGCCUCACAGUCGCAAUUUGAAUCGCAGUUGCAGUCACAGCUAAAGCGACAAAUACAGUUGCAAUUACAAAAACUUCGACAAGGGCAUGUAAAACAAUUAGAUGAGCAAUCUGCCUCUCAGUCACAGUUAGAGGGAGCGCAACAGAUCCUGUCAAAUUUGCAACUUCUCCAGCUGCACUCCAAAUUAGAGCCGCAGAAAGAACAACAAAUACUCUUGCAAUUGCGAAAACUUCAACAAGUGCAACAGAACCAGUUGGCUGACCAAUCUGCCUUACAGCCCAGUUUAAAGCCACAAUCGCCGUCGCAGCUAGAACAGCAAAUCCUGUUACAGCUGAAAAACCUUCUACAGUUUCAACAGAAACAUAUAAAUAAGCCAUCUGCUUCGCAAAUCCAGAUACAGUUGCAGCAGUCACAAUCCAACUCUCUGUCACAGUCGCAGCCGCAGUUACAGUUGAAGCGGGAUCAAAAUCUUCGUCUAUCGCAACUGGUAAAACUACCCAUGUUAAUGGAACAAAUGCCAAUAGCCGGUCAAAGUCCCCAGGACACUAUUUAUUUAAUACCUGGACCUGCAGAUAAUCUAAACGAGCGAAUUGAGCCAGAAAACACAAUUCACAGAAAACAUCAAAAUUUAUUAAACCUUUUGCAGAAUAGGCAACCAAUCAACAAUCUACAGCAGCUACAAAUUCAGUCACAAUCCGGUGACUCCAGUUCUCAGACCAAAUUAUUGCAGGACUUGCAUUCUAUUGGAUCUCAAAGCUCCGAUUUUCAACAGAAUUUGGAGUCACAGCAGGGUCAUGAAGCUGGAGCCUUUGGCUCGCAGACUGAUAAUAGCGCCGAUUUUCAACGAUUGAAAGAGCAGGAGCAAUUCCGGACGGAGCAUAUACGGAAAACUUCUUCCUCGAACUCACACACCAACUCAGCAAAUUCGCAGAGUUCGUCAUCACAGUCAUCAAAAUCUGGAUCACAACGACGGCAGGCAGACAACGGAAAUUCUUCGCUACUGGAUCAAUCGAGCUCUAAGUCUCAGUCGCAGUCCCAGUCGCAGUCUUCGUCUCAUUCAUCGUCGCAGUCAUCGUCGAAACUACUUGGAGGAAACCUUGUGUCGCUAAAUAGUUUGGCAGGCUAAGUAGUUAUUCCCAUUUUCACAGUACUGACACUGGUGAAGAGCAGUCGCAAUGCCAGAAUAAAAAGCUUAAAUUGUGUACUUCA